AUGAGCAUUCUUGAAAGACAAAGAGCUAUUUUUGAACAUUUGUACCAAUGCCAACAACAACAAACUUCUAAUUCUUUGCCAAAUCAAAAUCUUGCUCGACUCAAUAGUUUAAUGAGUGAACAUACAAUGGAAUUCAGUCAAUUUCAGAAUUUUCCCAUCAAGAUUGACACACAAAUUGAUUUUGGAAGUGAAGAGAGGAAUUGGACAAGCAAGAAGAGAAAAUCAGAGCUUAAUGAAGAAGAUGAAUGUAAAGUUAAUAGACAUGAUGGAGAAGUAGGGGAAGUACAGACAGAGAUGAGAGUGAAAAGUGAAAAAGGGAAGAAUUCAAAGGAGAAUUUAGAGGCUAAAAAUACUGAUUUUAUUCAUGUCAGGGCUCGUCGCGGCCAAGCUACUGAUAGCCACAGCUUAGCUGAGAGAGCAAGAAGGGAGAAAAUAAGCAAGAAGAUGAAAUGUUUACAAGAUUUAGUACCAGGUUGUAACAAAGUGAUUGGCAAAGCAGGAAUGCUUGAUGAAAUCAUCAAUUAUGUUCAAUCUCUUCAAAAACAAGUGGAGUUUCUUUCCAUCAAACUUGCCACUUCCAAUAUGAACACAGAUAAUUUAUUUGCCAAGGAGUUACCUAAUCCAACAUUUUUACAACAACAAGGAAACAGUAAUAUUGGUGUUACACAAAUGUUACCACAAAGAAGAGAAAAUUGUUUGAUGUCUUUCCCAGAAGCUUUUCUUGAUUCUUCAAAUGUUCUGGCAUUACAACAGCUACCAAAUCUUGAAACUGAUCUACAAUGCCUUUUUGGUGUACGGUUUCAGUAGUAAAAGAAAGACCAAAUUAUUUAAUCAAGGUUGGUUUUGGUUUUGACUAAUUAAAUUGAUG